UUGACAGUACCAACCUCCGUGAUAUUGUUCGCCAUGUCACUGAUCUCGGGCCCCACGAGACUCGCCGAGACCAUGCGUGAUGCCCUCUGACCUCUCGCCAUUGCUCUAACUCCAGUGGGCAGAAUGAGUGGGCUACUAAUUCGUUCAUUAUCACGUGGACAGCAGAUGUCCAUGCGUUUGCUGUCAACAUCAGCUCCACGUAGAACAGAAGUUUCACUGGACCAAUCUGCCAGAGAUAGGAUCCACCCUAAACUUGGAAACCGUGAUAUUGUUGGAUGGGGAUUUAAUGGAACUGCAAGCUAUGCUGAUCGUGAAGAGUUUCCCUGCCCAGCUGUGCGCUUUAAGGAGAACACACCUGAUGUCAUGGCCCUUCGGGAAAAAGAAAAAGGAGACUGGAAAAAACUUACUCUUGAUGAAAAGAAGGCAUUGUACCGUGCUAGUUUCUGCCAGACUUUUGCAGAGAUGAAAGCACCAACUGGCGAAUGGAAAUCCAUCCUGGCAGGAGUCCUGUUUGCUUUGGGUUUUAGCGGGUGGAUCGUUAUUUACAUAAAGAAGUUUGUAUAUGGUGAAAUGCCACACACCAUCACACGUGAAUGGCAGGAAGCCCAGUUGAACCGCAUGUUGGCACAAGGCCAAGGACGCAUUACUGGGAUCUCUUCUAAGUAUGACUUUGAGAAGGGAGAUUGGAAAUAAGCUGCCUUUCGUAUCACCACCAACCAGUCCAUGACCACAGCUAACUUUAAAACUUUGAUGAACAUUUUGUAAGAGGAUUGUUAACCACUUGGGGUGUCAUAUUUUGCAGCUGUCUGUACCGUCAGCCUGUGCCAUCGAGAACAUUCCCUGUCUUGGGAUUGAUAGUUGUAUGGAGAUAUAGCUGUAAUUUGAAUGGCUGUUUGGUGUUAGGAAAACUGUUUAGUUGUAUUGAAGUUGAUUCCAUGAUGUGUAUGAGUGAAAAAGCAAGAAAAUACACAUCCAUUAAAUGCAGAAUUAAACA